AUGGCUCGGAUUAGCACUGUGCUGCUCUUUUUCUUGGUCGUGUUUGCUGCAUUUGCCUCGCGUUUAGAAGGCAGAAGGCUGCUGGAUGUGAAGGAAAGCAAGAAGCGAUCGGUGGCUUCUUUGGGGGACAGUUUGAUUCUGAGUGCCCUUCCGAAGGGUCAGGUGCCUUCUUCUACACCUAGCAAGAAGGGCCAUGCGGUGGAAGUCGAGGAAAAGCUCAUAACCCGCCACCUUAUUAGCGUUGAUCGGAUUCUGCGGUCUGUCCCGAGCCCCGGUGUCGGCCACUAA